GAACAACAAGUACGAGAAGGAGGACGAGAAGAAGUAGAUGAAGAAGCAGGUCCACCCCUAUACCGCCGGGCAGAUGAAGAAACUGCUCGUCUCAUCGUCUCGUCUGUUGAUGCAAAGGAAGAUUUGCAAAAGAGCAAGUUGGGGACUGCGGAAGCUUUGAUUCGAGAGCUGCACAAAUUCGGAUAUGUAGGUGAGUCGCAAAAUGCUAGAGCGGCAUAUCAUAACGCUUCCCGAUCCGGAAGGGAGAUACUAGAUCACUUUAUUCGCGAGAUUUCGGAUUCGAAUCCUCUAGUACGUGACAUAGUAAACCGCAUCAUCAACGAGGACUUCGUUAGUGUCCGAAUUAUCGGAACUGAAGAUGACGAUGAUGAAGUUGAAGACGAACUACCUGGUGAAGUAUGA